AUGACGACUCUGCAACAGGCGGUGGCCACCGAGACGGUGGAGACUGAGGUGCUGCCCGCCACCAACGGCAACGGCGCGAGCGCCGCCCCUGACAGCAACGGCGUAACCGUGCAGUACGUGCCCGUACAGCUCAACGGCGCCGCCAGCAGCAACGGCAACGGCAACGGCCACGCCGCCACUAACGGCAACGGCGCCGCCGCCGCCAGCCUCAAUGGCAACGGGGAGCCCGUCCCAGCCCCGGCUGCUGCUGCUAGCCUCAACGGCAAUGGCAAGCCCGUCGCUGUUGCCGCCGUCGACACCGUGGUCGCCAGUGUUGAUGUCAGCAGCACGCCCGCCGCGGCCGCCGCCGCCAGCCUGAACGGCAAUGGCAAGCCCGCUGCUGCCAUCGCCGCCGCCGUCGCGGUCGCCGCCCCUGCCGCCAAGGCCGCGCCCGCCCCCGCAGCUCGUGACAAGCUGCUCAACACGAUCGACGAGGACCAGAACAUGGAAGCUGCCGGGAAGCUGGAGCUGGCCGCGGUGACCGAGAGCGCCGCGGGGUCGGGGCAGCGGACAGCGGCGGGGACGCCCUAUAAGAACCCGGGCGGGCGGUGGAGCAAGUUCAAGACCUACUCAGUGUGGCAGCGCACGUGCGAGAUCUGGGGGUUUGCGUUCGCGUUUGCGGUGAAGUACUUUCUGCUGGGCCAGGCCUGGACCUACAAGGGCGGCAAGAAGGGGAUGACGGCAGAGGCCGUCAGCGCGCGCAAGAGCGAGCUGGCGGUGUGGCUGCGGGAGGGGCUGGUCAAGCUGGGGCCAACCUUCAUCAAGAUCGGGCAGCAGUUCAGCACGCGCGUGGACGUGCUGGCGCCGGAGUUUGUGCGGGAGCUGGAGAAGCUGCAGGACAACGUGCCGCCGUUUGACAGCGAGACGGCGCUCCAGAUCCUGCAGACCAACCUGGGGGCGCCCCCGGACAUGGUGUUCGCGGAGUUCAGCCCCACACCCAUCGCAGCGGCCAGCCUCGGCCAGGUCCACCUGGCUAAGCUGGAGAGUGGGGAGCGGGUGGUGGUGAAGGUGCAGCGGCCGGGGCUCAAGGAGCUUUUUGACAUUGACCUCAAGAACAUUCGGGCUUUGGCAGUGUGGCUGCAGAAGGCGGACCCGAAGACGGACGGCGCCGCGCGCGACUGGGUGGCGAUCUACGACGAGUGCAGCCGCAUCCUGUACCAGGAGAUCGACUAUACCCUGGAGGGCCGCAACGCCGACGAGUUCCGGAAGAACUUUGAGAAAGUGGACUGGGUCCGGGUGCCCAAGGUGUACUGGCAGUACAGCUCCGCCGAGGUGCUGGUCCUGGAGUACGCCCCCGGGGUCAAGAUCAACGACGGCACGUCCAUUGACCGCAUGGGGCUCGACAGGCAGCGGCUGGCGCGGCUGGCGGUGGAGUCGUACCUGCAGCAGAUCCUGACCCACGGCUUCUUCCACGCGGACCCACACCCCGGCAACGUGGCCGUGGACUCCACCGGCAAGCUCAUCUACUACGAUUUCGGCAUGAUGGGCCGCAUCCCCGGUGACGUGCGUGGCGGCCUGAUGGAGCUGUUUUACGGGGUGUACAACAAGGACGCCGACAGGUGCCUCGAGGCCCUCGUCACCAUGGGCGUGCUGCUUGAAGAGUGCUGA